GCGGGCCAGGCGGCGCGGACUAGCGGGCCAUGGACGAGCCGAGCCUCCUGCGGCGCCGAGGGCUCCAGAAGGAGCUGAGCCUGCCACGCCGGGGACGUGGUCUGUCUCCGAGCAGCCAGAGCCCAUCUUUGCUGAGCCCCAGCAGCCCCUGCAGCCCUUGCAGCCCCUCACUGGGCCUGCAUCCCUGGAGCUGCCGCAGUGGGAACCGCAAAAGCCUGGUGGUGGGAACGCCCUCCCCAACCCUCUCCCGGCCCCUGUCUCCGCUCUCAGUUCCAACAGCAGGCAACAGCCCCCUGGAUAGCCCUCGGAACUUCUCCGCUGCGUCGGCCGUGAACUUCCCCUUUGCCCGAAGGGCUGACGGCAGAAGAUGGUCCCUUGCGUCUCUCCCAUCUUCUGGCUAUGGAACCAACACACCCAGCUCCACCGUCUCGUCGAGCUCAUCCUCCCGGGAGCGCCUCCACCAGCUUCCUUUCCAGCCGACACCGGAUGAACUAUGCUUCCUGUCCAAGCAUUUCCGCAGCUCAGAGAGCGUGGCUGACGAGGAGGGCGGCCACCGCUCACCCCACCUUCGUCCCCGUUCCCGCAGCCUCAGCCCGGGACGUUGUCCCAUCCGCCCUGCCCAGGCCACGGCACAGAUGGAAGGCCGCCUGGAAGAAUUCCUUGCUGCUUUUGCACCCGGCGCCCGGCUGGCCCUGGCCGAUGGCGUCCUGGGCUUCAUCCACCACCAGAUCAUUGAGCUGGCCCGCGACUGCCUGGCCAAGUCUGGAGAGGCCCUCGUCACCUCCCGCUACUUCAUGGAGAUGCAGGAGAAGCUGGAGAGGCUGCUACAAGAUGCCCACGAGCGCUCGGACAGUGAGGAGGUCGGCUUCAUUGUCCAGCUUGUCCGGAAGCUGCUCAUCAUCAUCUCGAGGCCGGCGAGGCUCCUUGAGUGCCUGGAGUUUGACCCUGAGGAGUUUUACCACCUGCUGGAGGCUGCCGAGGGCCAGGCCCGAGAGGGCCAGGGCAUCAAGACGGACCUGCCUCAGUACAUCAUUGGGCAGCUGGGCCUGGCUAAGGACCCCCUCGAGGAAAUGGUGCCUCUGAGUCACCUUGAAGAGGGAGGACAGCCUCCAGCACCUGAGUCCCCGGAGAGCCGUGCCCUGGUCGGCCCAUCGCGGAGGAAGCCGUGUGAGAAUGACUUCGAGACCAUCAAACUCAUUAGCAACGGGGCCUACGGGGCUGUCUACCUGGUGCGGCACCGAGACACACGGCAGCGCUUUGCCAUCAAGAAGAUCAACAAGCAGAACCUGAUUCUGCGCAACCAGAUCCAGCAGGUCUUUGUGGAGCGUGACAUCCUCACCUUUGCCGAGAACCCGUUUGUGGUCAGCAUGUUCUGCUCCUUCGAGACCCGUCGCCACUUGUGUAUGGUCAUGGAGUAUGUGGAAGGUGGUGAUUGUGCUACACUUCUGAAGAACAUGGGCCCACUGCCCGUGGACAUGGCCCGCAUGUACUUCGCCGAGACAGUCCUGGCACUGGAGUACUUGCACAACUACGGCAUAGUGCACCGGGACCUCAAGCCUGACAACCUGCUCAUCACCUCACUUGGCCACAUCAAGCUGACCGACUUCGGCCUGUCCAAGAUUGGGCUCAUGAGCAUGGCCACCAACCUCUAUGAGGGCCACAUCGAGAAGGACACCCGGGAGUUCGUGGACAAGCAGGUGUGCGGGACCCCUGAGUACAUCGCGCCCGAGGUGAUCUUCCGCCAGGGCUACGGGAAGCCGGUGGACUGGUGGGCCAUGGGUGUCGUCCUCUAUGAAUUCCUGGUGGGCUGUGUGCCCUUCUUCGGAGACACCCCCGAGGAACUCUUCGGCCAGGUGGUCAGUGAUGAGAUCAUGUGGCCCGAAGGGGAUGAGGCCCUUCCAGCAGAUGCCCAGGACCUCAUCACCAGGCUGCUCCGACAGAGCCCACUGGACCGUCUGGGCACUGGUGGCACCCACGAGGUAAAACAGCACCCCUUCUUCCGAACACUGGACUGGGCAGGGCUUCUGCGACACAAAGCUGAGUUCGUGCCACAGCUCGAAGCUGAGGAUGACACCAGCUACUUUGACACGCGCUCGGAACGCUACCGCCACCUGGGCUCUGAGGACGAGGAGACCAACGACGAGGAGUCAUCCACGGAGAUCCCCCAGUUCUCGUCAUGUUCCCACCGGUUCAGCAAGGUCUACAGCAGCUCCGAGUUCCUGGCCGCCCAGCCCACGCCAACCUUCGCCGAACGGAGCUUCAGCGAGGACCGGGAGGAAGGGUGGGAGCGUAGCGGCGAGGGCGAGUAUGGCCGCCGCCUGAGCAUGGAUAUUCGCCUGAGGUCCUGGACGUCCUCUGGUACUUCCUGUCCGUCGUCUUCCCAGCCCGAGCGGGGCCCCAGCCCGUCUCUCUUGAGUACUAUUAGCCUGGACACGAUGCCCAAGUUUGCCUUCUCGUCAGAGGAUGAGGGAGCCAGCCCAGCCUCUGCGGGCCCCAAGAGGCCCAUCUUCAUUCUGGGGGAGCCCGAUCCACCCCCAGCAGCCACCCCAGUGAUGCCCAAGCCCUCAAGCCUUUCUGCUGACCCAGCCGCCCUCAGCCACGCACGCCUACGGAGCAACAGCAUCGGUACACGGCACUCGACACCACGGGCCUUGGAUGCUGGCCGAGGCCGCCGCCUUGGGGGCCAAAGAGACCCAGCUCCCGAGAAGUCUCGGGCCUCCCCCAGCGGGGGCCGUGUGCCCAAGUCCGCCUCAGUGUCCGCCCUGUCGCUCAUCAUCACGGCCGAUGAUGGCAGCGGCGGCCCCCUCAUGAGCCCUCUGUCCCCACGCUCACUGUCCUCGAACCCGUCGUCCCGAGACUCCUCUCCAAGCCGAGACCCGUCCCCCGUGUGCGGCAGCCUGCGGCCCCCCAUUGUCAUCCACAGCUCGGGCAAGAAGUACGGCUUCAGCCUGCGGGCCAUCCGCGUCUACAUGGGCGACAGCGAUGUCUAUACCGUGCACCAUGUUGUCUGGAGCGUGGAGGAAGGAAGCCCUGCCCAGGAGGCGGGCCUGCGAGCUGGGGACCUCAUCACCCACAUCAACGGGGAGUCAGUCCUGGGUCUGGUGCACAUGGACGUCGUUGAGCUGCUGCUGAAGAGCGGCAACAAGAUCGCCCUGCGGACCACAGCCCUGGAGAACACCUCCAUCAAGGUGGGCCCCGCCCGGAAGAACGUGGCCAAGGGCCGCAUGGCUCGCAGGAGCAAGCGAAGCCGCCGGCGGGAGACCCAGGACCGGCGGAAGUCGCUCUUCAAGAAGAUCUCAAAACAGUCCUCUGUGCUGCACACCAGCCGGAGCUUCUCCUCCGGCCUCCACCACUCCCUGUCGUCCAGCGAGAGCCUCCCGGGUUCGCCCACCCACAGCCUCUCCCCCAGCCCCACUACGCCUUGCUGCAGCCCAGCUCCCGAGGCCCCCGCAGACACCGCAUCCCCUCCCAGUGCAUCCCCGAGCUCCAGCAGCCCUGCCUCUCCUGCCGCCGCUGGCCACACCCGCCCUAGCUCCCUGCAUGGCCUGGCCGCCAAGCUCGGGCCACCCCGCCCCAAGGCCGGCCGCCGCAAGUCCACCAGCAGCAUCCCGCCCUCCCCACUGGCCUGCCCCCCGGUGCCCGUGCCCCCACCCCGCUCACCCUCGCCCCUCCCCGGGCACCCACCUGCACCCGCCCGGUCUCCACGGUUGCGCCGGGGCCAGUCGGCUGAUAAGCUGGGUUCGGGUGAACGGCUGGAUGGGGAGCUGGGGCGCCGCGGCCGCGGGCCAGACUCGGAGCUGGUAGUCAUGCGGCGGCUACACCUGUCCGAGCGCCGUGACUCCUUCAAGAAGCAGGAGGCCGUGCAGGAGGUGAGCUUCGAUGAGCCACCCGAGGAGGCCGCCGGGCCGCUCACCUCUGUGCCGCAGAUUGCCGUGGAGGGCGCCGAGGCUGUGCCAGGAGCCCUUGGUCCUGCCGGGAAGGACUGAUCCCUCCCACCCGGCCUCCCCCUGGCCUAGAAGUUGGGCUUUUUCGUGUGCAAUGUUUUUUCCGUCAAGCGACUCUUGGAUGGAGCCUGAGCCACCAGACUGUGACACCUGGAAGGCGAGAAGCCAUCUCAGUCCUUACCGGAAAGUAGAGACAGCACCUCCUUCGUGUUCCGGUGCAGAUCAGGGGCCGUACGUGGGGGCAGGAAUGGGGGACAAGGGUGGCAUUGUAAAUAGCAGCAAAUCCCUGCGACUAAUUUAUUACUUUUUAUAAGCGAUAGGUAGACUGAGCCACCACCGUGAAGGUGGCAGCCCGGGUCCUGCCCCUUGCACCUGGGACCCCAUUUGCAGAUGCUGCCCCCUGGGCUGAGAAGGAAGCACUUUGGACAAGUUACGUAUGUUUGUGUUUUCUAGGUUUUCUGUAUGUUUUAGUUUUGUGUGUGUGUUCCUUGAUCCCAUCCUGGCCCAGGACCCACUGACCUGAGGGGAUACAGGCAAGCUUAACCUGUCCGGGCCCAAUGCGGAUAGGACUUGGAGAGUCUGUAAACGAUUCCCCUCCACCACAAAACAAAGCAAUCCCGAUGAGGGGCUGGACGCUGAAAGCUACGUCUCACUGUCAUAGCCUCGAUCCCUAGGCCAGUCUCGCUAGAGUUUGUUUCUAGUCCUGAAGGCUUCAGCCCGGGGGAGGGGGUGUGGGACCUGGGACCUUGAUGGAGGAGCAGAGAGGUCACCCACUCCACAGGGGGACACUGAUGCCCUGGGGUGGGGAGGGAGGCGCAGGCUUCGAAGGGUACUACUGCCAGGGCAGGGGAAGAAUGUCCACCCUGGACAAGAUUUCACGUGCUCAGUGCCCACCAGGGUGAGCCCUUGACCAUGAUGUGUCUGAAACACCCUACGGAGGGUUCCCGCAACGUAUCGCAGCCUUCCUAGAAUGAAAUUCGAGUGAGAAACCCAGCUGGGGGGCAAUGGGGCCCAAGUUUGAAUCUUGGCUUCCUCGUGUGGCUCUGGGAAGAUGGCUUUCCCACUCUGUGCCUCAGUUUCCUCGUGUUUACAAAACUAAUCCCAAUGACUAUUUAUUAAGCAUCCGCCCUAUGCCAGACGCUUUUACUCGUGGCUUCUCCCCCGGCCAGCCUUGAGAAGGCUGCAGGUGGCGGUGUCCUCCCCAUUUUACGGACACGUAACCGAGGCCUGGCGAGGGGUGGAGACGUGUCGCACGAUCACCUGGUAAAAAAAUCACGCAGCCAGGCCCCGUCGUGGGCACUGUCGACAAGGGAGCUUGAACGGAGAGUCUGGUGUCGGAUACAGCAGAUCCACCUCCAGAUCUCUUCCCGGGCUGCUGUGUGACACACACUGGGCGCCUCAGAACCGCCACUUCCUCUGUGGAGGUGGCCCGCCAGAUCCCCGCGCCCCACCUGAUGAGGGCACGUUCCAGGCACGGUAGCCCACUCUGCAUCCCUCCCAGAGACCCUCGCCCAGCACUGGCUGGUGCUGGAGCUAGACCAAGGCUGUGCAUGACUUGUGCCCCCCCACCCCCCUUCCAUCCUGGAGCUGACCGUGAAUAAAAGCCCACGUUUACAAAGAG